AUGUCUUCCGAAGGCCAGGAUAGACUGAAGCUGUCCGUUCCCCCACGUCAUCCUCUACAUACCAACACCCAGCAGACUGUCGAUAAGAUGUCCGGCAUGACGGAAAAGGGCAUUCCAGAAUCACAGAAGCCGUCAGCACCCCCAGGUGGACCCCCGGGACCUCCAGGUGGUUGGCUGUGUCAAAGCAUGUCGCGACAGCAAGAAAUCCUAUUCAAUAUCAUGGUGGCAUUUCUUCAACUAAUCCCUCAGUCGACCUUGACGACAGUCUUCCCAGUAAGUCAUGGUAUUGCGAGGUCGUUUUCGAUCGCCAACCCUUCGGUGCUCCCAUGGCUCGUCGCCGCCUACGCCUUAUCCUUUGGGACAUUCAUCCUCGUUGGAGGCCGACUCGGGGAUAUCUUUGGCCACAAGAUGAUGGUAGUGAUUGGCUACUGUUUCCUCAGUACUUGGAGCGUUGUUGCUGGCCUGAGUCACUACGCAGGGUAUGAGCUUUUCUUUGUAGCCAGAGGGUUCCAAGGUGUGGGCGCAAGUCUCAUGGUUCCAAACGGUCUUGCCGUGUUGGGACGAACGUAUCCGCCAGGGUCGAAACAGAAGAUUUUCUCUUUCACAUUGUUCGGCCUUUGUGCACCUGUGGGCGCAUAUAUGGGGAUGAUCUUUGGUGCUGUUUUCGCCAGAUUUUUGUCCUGGUGGUGGAGCUUCUACACUCUCGCCAUCGUGAGCUGUCUUUUGGCUGCCCUGGCGCAACUUGUUCUGCCUUCUCCGCCACCUACGCCAAAGCAGAUGCGACCUGUCAGAGAGAAGCUGGGAGACAUGGACUGGUUGGGCGCCAUUACAGGAGUCGGUGGACUAAUCUGCAUCCAAGUCUCCCUGGUCUCAGCCCCGGCCUCUGGUUGGAGCACUCAAUAUAUCUUCAUGCUUCUCAUCAUCGGCUUUCUGCUGAUUGCAUUCUUUAUUGUCAUCGAGCUCAGAGUUGCUGCACAACCACUGGUACCAUUCAAGAUGCUCAAGGCUGAUGUCGGGUUCGUUCUCGGUGCCGUUGCAUGUGGUUGGGCAACCUUUGGGAUCUGGACAUGGUUUCUCUGGAAAUUUCUCCUCGGGAUCAAACGCGAGGCUCCGCUCGAAGCUGCAUUACACGUCGUGCCGAUCGUGCCCGUUGCGUUCAUUGCUUCCAUCCUGACCGCUUGGAUGAUGCGAAAGUGUCGGCCCUCGUGGACCCUCUUCUGGGCCUUGGUGGCUUUCACCUUGGGUCCGCUACUGCUCGCCAUCGACCCGAACGUCAACAGGACAUCAUACUGGACUUGGACGUUUGUCAGUCUACUUAUCAUGCCGUUUGGGAUGGACAUGUCUUUCCCGGCCGCAACACUGAUCAUGUCCAACUUCUUCCCGCCUCACCAGCAGGGCGUGGCGGGCAGUCUGAUCAGCACCGUCGUCAACUACUCUAUUUCGCUUGGGCUUGGAUUGGCAUCAACUGUGGAGGUCCAUGUCAACAACCACGGCCACAGCCCUAUGGCCGGCAUUCGCGGCGGUUGGCUGAUGGGUGUCGGUCUGGGUGGAUUAGGCGUCAUAAUCAGUGUCGCGUUUGUGGUCAAGUCGAUCUUCUACCCAGCAGCUCCACUUCCAAAAGGGCCGCCUGGAGGACCUCCAUCAGGUGCAGGUGGCCCAGCGAUGCAAAACAAGCCUCAAGAAGCCCUGCAACGCAAAGCUCGGAGCACAACUGUCUCGAGCGGAGCAACGACCAUGGUCCCUGACAGCGCAGGCCCAAUAAGCCCACAACAGAGUGACCUGGAAGUGUACAAAACAUUCAACUUCAAUAUGCCGCCAUCGACAUCCACCACACCACCUCCGCGCGCCCGGUCUUACAGCAUCGUCAACAACAGCACGACCAACCUGAGUCUUCCCAACGCCAUCUCCACUCCUCCCCCACUAUCACGGCCGAAGUCGAGAGAAACUUCACGACCCGGCAUUCUCGUCCAUAACCGCCACGAAAGCCAAUCGCCUCUUCACUCGCGCUUCAACUCACAAUCCCAGUUGCCCUAUUAUCCUGCACAGCCUCUGUCUUCGCCACCUCUUCCCUCCGUGCCAACUUCAGCUGAACUCGAAGCUGUCUAUCGCGGGCGUACGAGCUGGGAGAGUGAGCAUGAUGCGAACGACCGAGAAAUUGGCCGACUGACACCUCGCCGUGUCCCAGAUCGUCUCAGAUCUCAUGAAGACAUGCGUGUGCAGGGGACUGGCCGUGAUGAUGUGGAUGUGGACGGGUUCGGAUUGGAUUCUCGGCCGCUCGCGCCCAGGCAGAUGAUGGGUGAUCGAUUCUAG